AGAAGAGGCACAGUACAAGCUGCAGCAAGAGGAGUAUGAACGCCAACAAGAAGAAUACAACCGCCAACAAGAAGAUGAGUACAGACGUCAGCAGGACGAAGAGGAGCGUAGACAUGCGGAAGAGGCAAGAGCCCAGGAGGAAAUUGAGCGUAGGCAACAGGAAGAGGCUGCCAAGGCUUCUAAUUCUCAACCCACUACAGCUCCUGUUGAAGAUGGAAAGAACAGUACUGGAAUUCACGCUGUAGUUUUGUUCGCUUACGAAGCAGGCGAGGCCAAUGAGAUGUCUUUGGACGAGGGUGAAGUUGUAACCAAUAUUGACCAAGUUGAUGACGGUUGGUGGUUUGGCGUAAGCGAGGAUGGAUCAAAACAGGGCCUUUUCCCAGCCAACUAUGUUCAAGUACUGGAACAAGAAGAGCAGCCAUCUCAGGAGCGUCAUCAGCCAAAUGCAUACGAAGAAAAGGAGGAAGAGUCCCCAGCAGUAGUCCAUGCUGCUCAACAGAUAGAGCCACAAGCACAUAUAACACACACCCCAGCGCCGGUUCAUCAGGACGAAGAGAACAAGGGCCAUACUGCUGUGGCACUGUAUGAUUAUGCAGCUGGAGAAGAUAACGAGAUAUCAUUCCAUGAGCAUGAGAUUAUCAGUAAUAUCGAAUUUGUGAGUGAAGAAUGGUGGCAAGGAUUGAGUCCUGAUGGCAAAACAGUUGGACUUUUCCCAGCCAAUUAUGUUGAGCUCCAAGGAUAGAAGAAAAAAAUACUUCAAAAAAGACUAUAAUAAAAGAACACAAACACACAAGCGAACAAGC